AUGGAUUUAUCAAUAAUGUUAUGGAAUGUUCAAGGGGCCGCUUCACCUGGUUUUAGAAGGGCUUUUAAAACUUUAAUUCAGACAUACAAGCCAAAAUUAGUUGCUUUGUUUGAACCUAGAUGUAGUGGGAUUAAGGCAGAUGAGUUUAUCCGUAAAAAUCGUUUUGAGCGAUCUCACAGAGUUGAAGCUGUAGGAUUUUCUGGAGGGAUUUGGAUUUUAUGGAAUGAGUUCCUUAAUGUGACUGUUUGUGAAAGUAAUGGUCAGUUUGUACAUCUCCGCUUGAUAGAUAUGGAUAGGAACAGCUUCAUUACAGCAGUUUACGGAAGCCCUAGUUCCUUGAUCAGAAAGCAAUUGUGGUUAGAGCUUCAGAGGAUAGCAAGGAAUACCUCUUAUCCAUGGCUCAUUGGAGGGGACUUCAAUGCUAUUCUUCAUACUGAAGAUAUCAAGGGUGGGUCUCAUAGGAGGAGAGGGUGCAAGUUGUUUAAUAGUUGGGUUUCUAACAACCAUAUUUGUGAAUUGGGGUUUAAGGGUCCUCGGUUUACAUGGUCAAUAGGAACAGUUUUUGAGCGUCUAGAUAGAGCCCUUUGCAAUACUAGUUGGUUUACAAAUUAUGGUAAUAGCUCCGUAGUUCAUCUUCCCAAAUUUAACUCUGAUCACUGGCCUGUGCUAGUUAAUUAUGCGGAUGCGAGAAACAGUGGGCCAGUGGUGAAGCCGUUUAGGUUUAUGGCAUCAUGGCUGUUACAUGAGAAUUUUAACCAUUUUGUUGCGGCGAGUUGGGAAACUAUUGGUGACUAUGUACGUGCAGCGGAAAGUUUUGUUCGAAAAGUAAAGGAGUGGAAUCAUAACAUUUUUGGGGAUAUUUUCAAAAAGAAGAGAAGGUUGCUUGCUAGAUUGGCAGGUAUCCAGAGGGCUUUAGAGGUACACAAGUCGAGCAACCUAGCUAGAAUUGAAAUCGAGCUGAAGAAAGAUUUAGAGGAGAUUUUAUGGUAUCAAAAAUCAAGGAAGGAUUGGAUUCAGUGUGGUGAUAGGAAUACAAAUUAUUUCCAUAGGAAAACUUUGUAG